UUUUAAAGUGACAUAAAUGCAGAGACCAUUUUCGUCGUUCAGAGCAUCAGUCGGUAGUGUUAAUUGUGUAAAUAUUUUGAUUAAGUGAGAAAUUUCACAAAAUGCUGAAAGUGCCAACCACAGACAUUCGCAUUGAAUCGCCGAGACAGAGUGAAUAUGUGAAUAUUGUUUCAAACGAAAAGGAAAACCAUUCUAUGUUGGGCCAUGGUAGUUAUGGUCGUGUUUACAAGGCCAUUUACAGAGAUCAACCAGUUGCUGUGAAGAUUAUUCGAAAAAUGAACGAAGAAUCGGUAGCGUCAGUCAAGCGGGAAUCAAAUAUUCUGGACUGGAAUCACGAGAAUAUUAUAAAAAUCUUAAAGGUCUCAUCGCUUGACGACUGUUUCACAAUUAUAAUGGAACGUUUUCCCGGAAGCUGUCUACAAACUUGUCUGAAUCAAAUCAUGGAUCAAAUACCAGCAUGGCACCGUCUAAAAAUAUCGAUGGACAUCAUAAAUGGUCUACGCUUUUGUCAUGCAAAACAUUUGGUGCAUUUGGAUGUGAAGCCUCAAAAUGUGUUCGUCGCUGUUGUUGGUGAUGCGCCUGAAGCGGAUUACGUGUGCAAACUAUUCGAUUUCGGAUGUUCGACGUUCAUAGAUCAGCAAAAUUGCAGCACCAAUCAGCGCGGUACCAUUCGUUACAUGUCGCCCGAGAUUCUGCAAGGUUUUCCCAUUGGCUUACACGACGACAUAUAUUCGUUCGGCAUCACAAUGUGGCAAUUGAAAAGUAACACCGAUCCAUAUCACAACAUACCGUCGAACGAAUUUGUUGCUUAUCACGUCGUCAAAGACAAUCUACGUCCGGAUUCGAAACAUUUCGCAAAGGAGAAUGAAAAUGUGAAAACAAUGCAGCUGGUUGGUGUGAACACAAAUGCUUUUGACGGAAAUGAGCGUUCCGAUUUUCAGCUGAAAGCAAUUAUGCCAUUGAGGAGACCGUUAACACCGAUAACACCUAACGAUAAACGAAUACCAAUGGAAAUGGAAUUUCUAUCAACCGGUCACGUUCGGCGACACAUUAAAGCUAAACCAUCUGUGUCGAGUAGUGCUGUUAAAAAAUUGGAUUUCAAUGCGAUGUCCACUGUGAAUCGUAUGCCUUUCUCAUCACGAGCAAUCAAUAAAAAUGUAUCGGUAAAGGAGCUUAAAUUAUGUACCAGCAGCGAAGACACUGUCGACCACAAUAAUGUUGCUGCAGCAACUCUGUUCAAAGAUUCCUAUCAACAUUUGUCGAUUGAAAGGCGAAUGAAAAUAGAAAAUUCGUACGAAAAUAUCUACAAACAAUGUUGGCAACAAGACACUGCAAAACGUCCAUCAUCGCAGGCUAUUCUAGGAUUGAUACAAUCGACUUUCCAACUAUUCGAUUAAAAGAUUUUAGUUUUUUUUUCUGUGCCCAUGUCUUCGUUUAUUCAAUUUGUUUUUGUUUUAAAUUGUAAGAUAAAUCAACCAAUUUAAGUUUAAGUCAGCAAAAUGUUUUCAAUUGAAUCGAAUUACACUGAACUGUUACCAGUUACAAA